UUUGUAACUGUCAACUGGACUGUCACUGUCAGUAUCAUCGUUUGUUUUGGUCUUUGAGCGUUUUGGUAAACAAGAAAAUUUUGUUUUCAUCGAAUUUACUGUACCUGUGAGUAAGUUUAUCCACAAAUUUAUAUUGUUUGAAUUUCUUAUCAACCAUGGGUGAACGCAAGGGCCAGAACCAUUACUAUCCCCCCGACUAUGAUCCGAAAGUUGGGGGGCUCAACAAGUUCAUGGGGACCCAUGCAUUACGAGAAAGGGCUAGGAAGCUUCAUGAGGGCAUCUUGAUAAUCCGCUUUGAGAUGCCCUACAACAUCUGGUGUGACGGCUGCAAGAACCACAUCGGGAUGGGCGUCAGAUACAACGCAGAGAAGACCAAAAUCGGCAUGUAUUACACAACACCAGUCUAUCAAUUCCGGAUGAAAUGCCACCUAUGCGAUAAUCACAUUGAAAUCAAAACUGAUCCAGGGAACCUAGACUAUGUGAUAGUUUCUGGAGCUCGGAGACAAGAGAACAGAUGGGAUCCUACAGAGAAUGGUCAGAUAGUGCCUGAGACCAAGGAGACUCAGAAGCGAAUGUUUGACGAUGCCAUGUUCAAGCUAGAACAUAAGACUGGGGAUGCAGAAACUGCUAAACAGGACAAGCCCAGGCUGGGAAAGCUUGUAGGUAGAAAUGAGAGUGUGUGGAAGGAUGAUUAUGAAGCUAACUGCUCCUUGAGGAGGAAUUUCAGGAAAAGGAGAAAGGAAUUAGAAGCUGCCUAUGACAAUGACAGCCUUCUACUAGCCAAGUCAUCACUGGACAUACCCCUUCUCCCUGAAUCAGAAGAGGACAGAAACAUGGCAUCCCUUCUCUCUCUACAACCAUCAAAAAGCAUUGAAGAGAAGGAAAUACAAAAUAGAAAUAAGCUCCUAAACAGUCCGGCCCUGCCUAGCUCCAGUGGCUUAUUGACCAGCUUUGGGGGCCUGAAGAAAGAAGAACAACUGAGCAAGAGCACUUCUUGGACCAGAAACUCUUUGGGUAUCAUGAUUAAGAAAAGUAAACCUGAAAAUUCCGAUACUAAAGACAUAGAAAAUAAAGAAAAGACUACAGAUGAUGUAGGAAGUAAAGAUAAUAGUGCAGAUACACCUGUAUCUAAUGAAAUUGUACCUGAAGAUGGAAAAGACAUAAUUCAUGACAAGAAAGCCAUAUCACUAAUAUGUGAUUACAGUUCUAGUGGGGAUAACUCUGAAUAAGUACAUGUAUAUACAAUAUAAACAAUAAAACGACAUUUAGCAUUAUGAAGUAUAAUA